AUUUGAGUAUAUCUUGGAUUACACUUUCCACUCUUGAAGAAUGUCUCGACAAGUUGAUUUAAGAAGAUUUGAUACAAGUCAACCAUGGGGAUUUAAAAUGCAGGGUGGCUCGGAUGUGGGCAUGCCUCUGUUUGUCGCUCAUGUUUCCCCGAACAGUAUUGCUGGACAAUCUGGGUUGAAGGCCGGGGACGCUAUAUUACAGAUAGGUGGUACUGAUACAAUGGGGUUUACACACGAGCAGGCACGGGGAGAAAUGCUCCGAUGUGGUAAUGAUGUGAACCUAACUGUACAAAGUGGUCUUAUAAACCCGCCAGCAGGUUCUGUGGUAGAAGAGGAUCGUCCCCGUAUGUCAGUUAGUGAUAGUGAUAGUCCAUAUCAAGACGUUACAUCAAAAACAUUUCAAAUGUUAGAGAACGAACUACCAAAUGCUGAACAAUCAGGAGCUAGACCGGCGUCUAUAUUUGAUAAGAAGAGACAGAACAGGACAGCGUACACUAAAACUGACAAGUUCUGGCUACACUAAACCAUUUGGUGCUAAAUAAAU